UAUAUGUGAGCCGCUGUCGGCCCAAAGCGAGUCAAUAGUUCGCCAUGGACAUUGCCGAUGCACUGGCGCCUCUGCAACGAGUUUGCCAACUGUGCUGCCUGUGCUAUUGGCGCCGGGAUAGUGCCGCACGGCAGCAGAAACGUUCGCGCUGGCUGCUGCUCUACGGCUGGGUCGUGCUGCUCCUGUCCAUCGGGUACUUGCUGUACGGGCUGCUCGAUGCCAGUCGCAAUGUCGAGGCCAAUGGCGUGGGCACGGAGGCCACGCACAUUGGGCAUACGGUGGACUCGAUACAGCUGGUUGGCAUCCGGGUGGCGCAUGCCACCGCCCUGCUGGAGGAGCUCUGGCAGUGGCAAGCGCAGAGUCAAUUUGUGGCGCAGCUGCGCCAGAUCGAUCUGGAUUUUGUCAAUUUGCUGCAGCUGGACGUGAACAAUGGCCAACUGCGCCGUCAGAUGGGCCGGCGGGCGCUCUAUAUGCUGUCCGGCUAUGUGGUUAGCCAGGGCUUCAUAUUGUUCGCUAAAAUGCUAUCGGUGGACAUCUCGUUCAUGGUCUAUUGGCUGAGCUACUUGCUGCCGCUGCUGGUCUGCGGCCUGCGCUACUUUCAGAUCUACACGUUCAUCCUGAUUGUGCAGCAGCGCCUGGAGCUCCUGCUGAGCAUGCUCGACUCGCUGCAGCUGCACGAGGCGUUGCCGGAGAAGCCAUAUAUCUGUAACACCAUCAACGAGAAGCUGGACAUGGAGACGGAGGCGGCGGCGGCGGCGGCCUGCAUGCAGCGUCUGCUGGCUGCCCGGAAACUGUAUCAGAGCCUGUGGAUGUUGGUCGCCCUGCUGAAUCGCUGCUACGGUCUGUCCAUGCUGGUCAACUUGGGCAACGACUUUCUGUCCAUCACCUCGAACUGCUAUUGGAUAUUCCUCAACUUUCGCCAGUUCGCCGCCUCGCCCUACGACUUCAUGCAGAUCGUGGGCAGCGCCCUCUGGACCGCACCGCACAUGAGCAACGUUCUCAUCCUGGCACUGCUAUGCGAACGUGUCUCCUAUUGCACAACGCGCUUGGCCUUGAGUCUGCACCAUAUUCGCACGGAUCUUCAGAAGGAUGCACACAACGCUCUAAUCACUCAGUUCUCGCUGCAGCUGCUGCACCAGCGUCUGCACUUCAGCGCUGCGGGCUUCUUCGAUGUCAACUGCACGUUGCUCUACACGAUUGUCGGGGCCACUACUACGUAUCUCAUUAUCCUCAUCCAGUUUCACAUGAGCGAGAGCAGCCUGAACAGCGGCUCGGCCGGCGGAUAGAAAUUGAUAUCAUAGUAGU